GAAUUAUUGCUCUCGCUCUGACAUUCAUGGCAAUACAUCACGUGUGGACCGACACCUGCCCAGGGGCACACUGACAACUCAUGGGGCCCUGGGCAAUAGGGGAUCAUGGGGCCCCUGUGUCCUUGCCCAAACUCAAAAAAGCCUAUGAAAAAGGUACCAGGGGCAUCUCAUGGGGCCCCCUACUGACCCCGGGCCCUCGGGCAGUGACUGAGUUUCCAAAUGGUCAGUCGCCCCUG